CUGUCAGGGAUUUAUGGCAGUGUUAGCCAAUUGGGUGUUGGAAAUGCUAUCCUAGUUAUCCUUCAACUCUUCUUUGCUGCUAUCAUCCUUAUGUGCUUAGAUGAACUUCUUCAGGAAGGAUAUGCUUUUGGCUUCUGGAAUUUCCUUGUUCAUACUUACCAAUAUCUGUGAAAGCAUUAUCUGGAAAGACUUUAAUUCCACAACCAUCAAUACCAGGCGUUACGCCAAAUUUGAAGGUGCUAUUAUUCCUCUGUUCCAUCAUACUAUUACGAGAGCAUAUAAGAUCGGUGCCAUUCGAGAGGCGUUCUAUUAGUAAAGUCUCCCCAAUGUGACAAAUCUGCCUGCAACUGUGCUGAUCUUCCUUCGUGAUGCUAAUAAAAAAAUUAUGCUUACACUGUGAUACAACUCAACCCACGUAAUGUACAUUUAACUAUCAAGUUAGUCUCAUUUGAACUUUCAAACCUAUUGUACUUGCAAUUUACGAUUCAGCUGUUUAGCAAAUAAUGUUCGGAGUCUUGAAAAAGAAGAAAAUAGAAUAUUAAAGUGAUAAAUUGUAAGUAAGAUACCGCCAUAUUGUUAUCUCCUUCUACUCCAAGAGAGAAGAUGAAACUGUAGAUAAGCAGUAAUGAAAUGAUCAGAACAAUAGAUUACUUUUUGACCUGUGAA